AUGAACACACCAGUGAGGGAGGGCGAGACGAUAGGGGUCCCGUACCAUGCGGAAUCGACCCUAUCAAGUGCUCAAGUGGUCAAGUGUUAUCUAUCUCCGCGAGUCUCGAUCAAAACUGGCCGCUCAGACGAAAGCAAAGCGGAACGCGUCGAAACGAUUGCGAGCUUGCCCGAGUGGUCGUUUCGUCCAAAGAUGGCGUCCGUGCAGGAUCGACCAAAAGGGGGCGCGAGGAAGGUCGUGGUUGCCACGCUCGUCCAGACGGAGCUGGUCGAGUGGCGAGAGAUCAACCCGAAGCAGUAUAAGCGCAUCCUGAAGCGUCGCGUUGAGCGUGCCACGAACGAGCACAUCCGACCGCACCUGCCUCGCCAGCCGUAUCUGCACGAGUCACGGCACCGGCACGCCGUCAACCGGCAGCGCGGCCAAAAGGGCCGAUUCGCCAACCGCGCGCCCGCCGCGCCCGUCCGAGAGCAGCUCGAGGCGCUCGACUUUCUGAACGAGCAGCCUUACGAAAAGGAGGCGGUGGACGCCUCGUCGGGAGCAUCGCGACCGGAAUCGGCAGAACUCAUGUGA